AUGGCUUUUUCUCUCUUCGUCCAGCUGGGCGCAACGUCGGCGGCCAAGUCUAGCCAUCACUACUCUUCAGCGCCCCCGUAUCCUAGCCAGCUGUGCGCCUUGAAGUGGACCACCUCUGGCCCCCCUUCGACGCAGGAGAAGUCCGUCACGAGCAUCACGAUGUAUAAACUAGAACCUUGGGCCCUCGGAUACAGCAGGUUCCGAUCCGUGUGUUUGAAGGCGUAUAGCUUCUGCUUUACUAACACGGUGACGGAUCGGUUUGGGACCGAUGUGGAGGUUGCCAACGGUGGUACGCAUCUUAAUCAACCUCUCGUAUCCAACGUGACUACUACUUUGGACUUGAAUGAGGGCUCCGGUUUAGGAAGUGCGAUAGUUGAGGCUCUCUUCUCCGCCGGUUUCAUGCUCGCAGACAAGCAGGCUAUAAGAACCGAUUGUCGUACAACCGGACCCAAGUUAUCUACUCCUAAUGAAGUCAUUGGCCUGGCUGGUGGUAAGGACUAA